AUGUAACAAUUAUUGAAGCCUUCACUCAAUUUCGAUUUCUAAGAGGCCUUAUUUGAAGAUAACCCUAAAUUAACCUCGUAAAUCAAAGCCCAAUAAAAGAACGAUUUACUCAAUCAAUCAUUUAAAAAUUAAUAUAAUAAAGGAAAUCGCAAAAACAUAGUGAGACCACGGAGUUCCUCGGGAUAUAGACAGUCUUAAAAUAAUCAAAAUUUAAACCAAUACAUUAAGGCAGUGCGUUCUAAACAAGUGAAAUAAUAGCAAAGUUCUCCAUAACAUUAUUCUACCAAAUAAAUGAUAUUUGAUAAGAAUAAAACAUUACUAGCAGCCUCGAACAUAUAACCUAAUUUGUACAUCCCUUACUAAUAUAACAUACUGACUAAACAGUCUUAUUAUACAAGAUAAUAACAAAUGGCCAAUAUUAACAACAAAUAAUAAAGUUAAAAAUAAAAUUAAAAUAAUUUUAACAGUGCAGGUAUUUUUGAUUGGGAUGAUGAUGACGAUAUGGAUAAUCGUUUCUAUAUUUCUGGAAACACAGUAAAAAUUCACAAUUCAAUUUAUGAGUCUAUUGAAAAAGCAAAUAUGCAAUUGUUCCUUUAGAAGUUGAAAAAAUCAAAUAUUAUUGAAAAUUCUAUAAAAUAAAACCAAGAUAUCUUAAAACAACAAUAAAGAGAAAUAUAAUAAAAGUUUGAUAAUAUUGAAUAAUUGAGGAUGACUUAAUUAGUUUAGAAUAAUUUAGUUUUAUCUUAAGUUACAAAUUACCAUUAGGAAGAAUAUAAAAGUGGAAAAGAACAAUAAAAGUAAACUCCAAAGAAUCCUAUUUAACUCAUUGAAAGCGAAAAUAAUUAUGGUUAUGGAUAUGAAGAGGAAAGCUUUGAGAUCGAUGAAGAGAGUAAAGUAUAAAAUAAGGAAUAAGAAAUUUCUAAGGUUUCAAAGCAAUAACUAUAAUAAGAUCAAUCUAAGCAGUCUUAGAUUAAAUUAGAUUAAGACAAUAAUAGUAAGAAAGUUAAAUCUAAUGAAAGCUUGACUAAGACAUCCAAUAAAGUAAUAUUUAAGGCGAAAAAUGCUCAAGAAAGAAAAUAAGAAUUGAUGAAUAUGAGAUCUGAAUUAGAAAAGUAUUUGUUGUAGAAUAACACACAAAUUUCUAAGGUGUUCCAAGAAUUGUAAGAAACUAAAGAAAAAGAGAGAGUUAUGAUUGAGGUAAGUACGAAGAGGCAGGAAGAACUAUCUUAAGCAAAACUCACAUUGAAGUAACUAUAGGAAAAAUUUAGUAAAUAACAGCAGAUUGUUGAAGUAAUCAUAUAAUCAAUAUAAUCUAGGAGUUGAAUUAGAAAGAACAUUAUGCUAAUUAAAUCAUAUAGAAGCUGACUGAAAAUAAACAAAAGUAUAAUCAAUUGUGGGAGAGUUAAAUAGAAAAAUACAUGGCAUGCAAAGUAAUAGCUAGAUUUUUGAAGGGAAGAAGAGAUAGAAAAUUAUUUGCAUAAUUAAAAAGAGAAAGCUUUAUUAAUAGAUUAAAACAAUGA